AUGGAGCCAAUUGAUGGAUUAACCUCAACCAAUUACAAGGCGGGAUCUGUCUCCAGCCUCCAAAUGGCCAUUUCAUCAGUGUUUUCACGGUGGGACGGCCUUCAAAUGGCCAUUGAAAAUCAAUGGGGAGGUCGCGACUCUCACCAAAAAUCACUGAAUCUCGUCUCAGAUGUCUUCUCUUGGUUCUCUUAUUCCAAACCUCCUUUAUACGUGGAAGAUCUGGAAAAUUUGCUCCAUGAAACUCUAUUGCUCUCCUUCAACACCGAGAUUGAAGACGGCAGCAUCGAACAGGUAGCAGAACAAUUGAUGAUGAUAUACGAGGAAAAUUUGGUGGGAAGUCGUUAGAAAAAAAAAAUGUAGAAUCGAAUCAAACCAUCACCAUAUUUGUUGCCAUGGGUUGAAAGCAGAUAGAAUUGUAGUUGCUGCCAUUGCCCUGAACUUGAAGAUUUGAAAUCUUAUAUGAAUGGUUACCAUACAAAAUCAAUUCUCAGUA